GUUUCAAGGUGACUCAGCGCCGUCUGCGAGCAGCGAAACUGCGAGACGAAGCCGUGGUUAGCAGCCCACCCACAACUGCUACUACAACGACGCACGCACGCUCGGUCUGAAACGCUCGUCGAGCUGUCAACACUUCCAUUAACAAAGGUGUAUCAUUUGCACCGCAUUUGCAAAGCGGAGCGCGAAACCGUCUAAGACGCAGCGAUGAGGCGCCGCCACGCUAUGCUGCUGCUGCCCGCAACAAUCUUGGCCCUCUCGAUGCAGACGCAGGCGCCGCCUAGAGUAGUGGUAGAUCUCGACGUCGUCGCGGACACGCUGCCCCUCGAGUCCGAGGUCUACUUGAGUGCGUUGCAGAGUCUCAGGCCCGAGGGCCCCUGGCGCGACCAGCGCGACCUCCCACAACAUAGAUGGAGAACCUUUGACUUAGCAAGGAAGUACCACCGCGUUUUGAGGGAGUUACGAGUCGUGCGGCCCGCGGACGCGUGCAUGAUGCUGCGCUUGUUGUUUGAGGAGGACGAGGUCGGGCGCCGCGCCAUCGCGGCUAGAAAGGACCCGUCGGGCACGAAGUGGGAGGGCGGUGGCUGGGCCCCGACCGAGGGCGAACUGCAGGGCGUGCGGCCGGGCACGCGGCCCCUCACGGCGGGGGAGGUCGUCGAGAACUGGGACGAGGUGCUCGGGCCGCGGUGCUUCGCGCGGUGGCGGAGCGAGGACGCCGAUUUUCAGCUCGCGGAUAUUGACGACGCGGUCGCGACCGCGGCGGCGCAGCGCCUCGAGGACGCGGCGGCCGUGGCCGACGCGCUGGCCUGGCGGCCCGACGCGCUGCGCGCGCUGCGCGCGGCGCAGCGCGCGGGAAGAGUGUACCGGGGCGCGCCUCUGGUAUUAGUGCGGCACGACCUGCUGGGCCUCUCGACCGUCGAUCAUUCUGGAGACGUUUUGGCGGGCUGGCGCGGCGUGGUCCGGACGGUGCUGCCGCGCGCCGACGUCGCGUUUUGCAGAGGCGCGCUGGACGUCGCGGACGAGCUCCUCGACGGCCACGCGGAGCAGACGCUGUACUACGGCGGGUCGCCGCGGCUGACCCUGCAGCUGGGCGCGGCGCUGCAGGGCGCCGUCGAGAGCCGCGAGACGGGCCUGCACAUCUGCGAGUGGGUCGACCGCUGGCGCGACGCGGGCGCGCCGCCGCCGAUGCCGCCGCAGCUCGACAUCAUCUCGCUCGAGGACGAGCACCGCGACUUCCGGGCGGCGCUCGGCGUGUCCGUGCGGCCGCGGGGUUUGGCGGAUUGGACGGAGUAA